AGUAAUUUUGAAAAAAAUCCGCGAAAAGUAAACAUAGUACCAGCCUUUAUGGCAUAACCCUCUUAGCAGCUCGUCGGGUGUGAUCUGCCUAGUGAAUGACUAUCGUUUCAUGAAAACGGUUAACGGCGUUGUGAGAAAACGGUCACUGUGUGUUGAGUUUGUUGAACAGCUGUUUUUACUUGUUUGCAUUUGUUUACAUCGCAUUUUGUUUCUUUCGGCCAACAUGGAUAUAUCGCUUUCCGGAUCUUGUGAAGUAGUUAUCGAGGAAAUUGAUAGCAAUGAUAUUCCCGAAGAGGAAUUAUCCCAAUUCCAAGAGACACAACCUCUUAAGGUAUUGCAACUAGUCACAGAUGACGAAGAGGAAGAGGGCAAUUUGAUACAGAAAUUUGUGCAUGGUGAAGCCGACUUUCCGGAUUUCUAUACAAAACUGGAACCCCAUGAGGAACCAGAUGAUGAAGAUGAUGGCGAGGAAGACGGCCAACUAUCAGCCGAUGAUACUGAGGCAAUGAUGGUAGACAAUCCAAUACCAGAAGACGAAGCCAUGAAGGAAAUGCAAAAUGUGGACACUUCGGUAAAUUAUAACUAUGGUGAGUCGGGCAGAAAAAAGAAGUCCAUACGCAGAAAUAGAAGAAAUGAGACAGAUUCCGACGAUGGGCCAUCAGCCAGUCGUAAAUCUAGAGGAGGCGGCACAGGCGGUACUGGUGUCCGCAAAAGAUCUCUACUCAAUGCAGCGCUCCAGGGACUAAUGGGUGAGGCAAAUUUAAGUUUUGCCCGCGGCCAAAUUCAAAUGGCGGAGAAAAUUUGUUUGGAGAUUAUACGCCAAAAUCCUUUGGCCCCAGAACCUUUCUUUACUUUGGCGGAAAUCUAUGAGUCACGGGAUACAGAAAAAUUCCUAAACUUCCUAACCAUUGCAGUACAUUUGAAUCCCAGUGAUCGUUAUCAAUGGAUACGCAUAGCUGAAAUGCACAUAGCCCAGGGAAAUUUACAAAGAGCUCGCAUAUAUUACACUAGGGCCAUUAAGGUGCACUCGCGGGACUAUGAUUUGCGCUUGCGCAAAGCCCGUCUACUAGAUAUGAUGGGGGAGAAAACAGCAGCCAUGUUUACAUAUUUGAAAAUGAUACAACACUGUCCGGCUGAGCGGCAUGAGCUGUGUUUGGUAACGGCCAAAAAUGUAGCCAGACACUUUCAUGGCCUUAAUAAAUAUCAUCUGGCCUUGGAGGCCAUGGAGAGCGCAUAUGGAGUUUGUGGUCAUCUUUUCUCGCUGGAAGAUUUGAAUCUCUAUAUGGAACUAUGCAUAUUGAAUAAACACUAUUCCAAGGUAUUGCAGUGUCUAAGAGAGCGAACCAAUCUCGAGCUGGAGACAGAGAAGGAAAAUCAAUUGGAUUUGAUAUUCUAUUGUGUUAUACCGGAUGAUUAUGUGCCCGACUUCAGGGCAAAACUUUGUGUGGCUCUCAUAAAUCUAAAGGCACAUCACCUGCUGGGAUAUCUGAUACAAAACAUACACGAACACAUACCACCAUUGGAGAACGAUAGAUUGAAUUUGUAUUGCGACAUUGCAGAGGCUCUUAUGCAGGAACACAAAUAUGCAGAGGCCAUUUCGCUAUUGCGUCCCAUCACCGAUGGAGAUCUUAUUGACUGUCCCGCCAUUAUAUGGCUGAAGCAAGCAGAAUGUUUGCGUCAUUUAAAUCGUUGCAAUGAGGCCAUCGACAGCUAUACCAAGGUUGUGGAAUAUGCUCCCUAUUGUUAUGAGGCAAAGUUUACACUGUCGGCUUUGCUGAAACAACAAGGCCGCCACAUAGAGGCUGUGAAGGCUUUGGAACAGUCUGGGGAACAUGAGGGCCAACCGUUGCAUGCUCGAUUAUUAUACGAACGUUGUAUUAUGCUGCAGCAAAUCAAUGAGAUCGAUGAGUUUCUGGAAAUUGGCUGUGUGUUGUUGGGGCGCCACUCUUUAAAGUUUCGCAAUCGUGAGGAAAUGUUGGCUGCGGCAAAUGGCGGUUCGUUUUACAAUUCUGAAGGUCUGAAAGUCAUACUGCAAAUGCGCAAUAUUAUAGGUGAUGAAGCUGAUAAGGCUUUGGAGAUUUCCAAAACCAACGCAGCGUCAGCUAGCGAUGAUCUCUCCGUACACGAUGAAUAUAAACUAUUUUUGGAAUUAAUGCGCAUUGGUUUCCUGCACAAGAACUAUGGCAUCUUGGAGAGAAUGAGUUUUGCGGUGGUCACCACCAAACGUUUCAUUAACUAUCACGUUGAUUUGGAACGCAUCAUGAUUUUGGCCUGCUACUUUAACAAUGACUGCACCAUAGCCUUCUCGUAUCUUAGAGAAAUGAUACACAAGAAUGCCAGUUCGAAACCAUUGUGGAAUCUUUUGGUAUUGCUGAUACAAAAGGGUCAAGAUUUGCGUUACCAUCGCUACAUAAAUCGUCUGAUACCGCGAUAUCCCCAGGCUAAACCUUUGCGCAUAUUAACUGGCCACUACCAUUUGCAUUGCAGUUCGUACAAGUAUGCUCUAAAUAUUUAUGUGCCCAUAUUUAAAGAACAACCCACUGCUCUCUUGGCCCUGUGUAUUGCUGGGAUAUUUCAACAGAUCUCUAUGCAGAAGAAAGUAUUGCGCAAGUGCGCUGCCGUUACACAGGCCUUGGUAUUUGCCCAUAAAUAUGGGCAAAUGAGAUCCUCAGCAUUUGCCUUGUCGCCAAACAAAGUCGACGCUACAAUGGAGGAUUCGGUGACAUAUCAAGAAAUAAACUAUAACAUUGCCCGAAUCUAUCACCAGAGCGGCUUGUUUCACUUAGCCAUCGAAUAUUACGAGAAAGCUUUGAAUUUCAGCCAUCCCCUGUUGGUGGAACACGAAAAGAUUUUAGGUUUAAAACAGGAAAUUGCUUUCAACUUACAUUUGAUAUACAAAUCAAGUGGAAAUUUGGCCAAGGCUCGUCAUUAUUUAUAUGAAUAUUGUGUUGUCUAAACAUAUUGGAUGGAUGCUACAGGAGGUCAUAGUUGUAAGAGAGAUAAAGUCUUGGUAACCCAAUGAUAAAAUAAAGCCUCUAUGGGGAAAAGGAAGCCGCAAAGAAAAAAGUGAAGAUCUCAAAACUUUGGCAUUCGUUUUGGGUAAUCUAAGCAUUUCCAAACAAACAUCUGUACCGGUCAACUUUCAAUUCCAGACUGAAUGUUAUUUAAUACUCAAAUUUUAAUCAACAUAAAGAGUCAUUUACAUUAAUUACUUCAGCCUGCUGUUGGGUGUUCCAAAUUAUAUUUCCAUAUUGGCUCCUGUACCAGAGCUGC